AUGGAGAAGGAGGAGGUUCAGACUACGACGGCGGCCACAACGACGCCCGCGACGACAUCCGCCAGGAUCGAGGAGAAGAAACCAAGGUUCAGUUUCCCAGAUUGGAUGGUCUGGUACAAGAAGCCCGAAUACAGAGACUUUCGUGAGUAUGCCACGGCCAUUCGGACCGGAAGGAGACCCUUGAGCAGAGACGGGAGAGACAAGAGUCCCAUCCCGGCCCGCUUGAGUUUGGAGAAGGUUUUGGCCAACGCGACCUGCUCGCCAAUGUCUUUGUAUGACUUUUACAUGUACCUCAAGUACAUUGAGUUUUCUCCGGAAAACCUUGAAUUCUACGUCUGGUUCCGCAACUAUGAAUCGGCCUACGCCAAGACAGGAAGCCUCAACAACUUUCCUAUGGCCGAGAAGGAAAGUGAUGCCUCAUCAUCCAGGGACAGUGCCAUCGACAGCGCGAUGGAUUCCAUCGAGCACAAGCUCCCAUCACUGAAGAUGUCAGAGUUUGAGUGCGAUCCUGAAGCAGCCAAUGAGACUAUGACCAACAUCGUCCAGCUCAUCGCCCCUGAAGCCGCAUGCAGGCCAAACAGCAAAAUCGGACCCAACGGCCGCGAUCGCAUCAAGUCAUGGGCCAACGCCUGCGCUAAGCCUAUCUGCUCGAACAACGUGGCCAACGUCGUCCCUGCUCGCAUCGCACCCAACUCCGCCUACCGAGUCGAGUUCAACGCCGUCGUCAAGACCUUCCUCCUGCCUGGCUCCGAGAAGGAGCUCAACAUCCCGCCCGCCCUUCGCGACCAGGCUCUUCUCGACCUCCAACAUUCUUCCGACCCUUCGCAUCUCCGCCCUAUCGCUCAGCACGUUUACGGUCUCCUCAAGAACUGCUCGCACCGCAACUUCGUUAGACUUGGUGUUUCCAACGGCACCUUUGAGACACUCUGCAUGGCAACGAGCAUGGGCAUUGUUCUGACUGUCGCUGGCUUCCUCUGUGUCCUCCUCCGAGCUUUCGUCCCAUUCAUGGGAUCACACAGCCGUUACAACGCCUUUGCCCCCUGGCCCAUGUGGUUCGUCGGCAUGUCUCUCAUUCUUUCCGGUCUUAGGGGUAGCUGCUUCUUUCUCCUGCUCUUUACUCGACGUCAACCACUGCCAUGGGAAAGAUUCGACGACAGCGCAUCUCUUCUUUCUCAGAAGUCUGGCCUGAUGAAGUUUGUCUCACGGAUGAUGAUCUUCGACCGCAAGAUUCGCGUCAAGGACGUCCACCUCAGGAGGCUGCAACACAAGAUUGUCACACAGGCCAUGGUUGGUGGUGCUGUCUUCGCCAGUCUGUGCAGCUUGCUGUUUGUGCUACUGCCUGUGUGGUCGCAGACAUCGCUGGCGCAGGCAUGA